CGUAUUCUUGCGGCUGGCUUCACGGUUUACACCAGCGCCAGACAGGUUUAAAAAAAUGUGUGUGAGCUUGUCUCACAUCUAGUUCAGGGUUACCUCAUCCAUACAAUGUGUCCAUGUGAUAACCUAUGAAUGCAGUCAUGGAGUCUCAGGUUGGGAGAGGCAGUUCAUCUAAAAGACUUUCAAUGACAAAGAAAAAGAGUGCCAGCGCAGUCAAAGAGAGAUUAAGCAACGGGUGCCAGGCUGGUUCUAUAACUUCAUUUUUCAGGAAUACACCACCAUGUAAACUGGCCUGCCCUCUAUGUGGUAAACUUGUACCUCGAUACAAGAUAAAUGAACACAUAGACUCACAGUGCCAGGAAUUUCUCAGAGAGGACGGUGAAGAUGCAUCGACUGUCAGUGGUGAUGACAACAAACAGGAGGAAAUGAUCAAAUCACCCUCAAAUGGGACGGUUACUCAAACUGAGAGAAAAGAGAAAAAACCAGUGGAGAAAAAUGCUGAAAUGAGUCCAUAUUUCACAAAAAACUGUGUCUUGAAGCAAGAUUUAUCUGAAACUAAUUCGCAAGCUAAGAUCAUUAAGAACAUUGGAUUUGGAAGCUUGUCCGCCAAACUGUCAAAAAGAGCGCUUAGGCCUCCAGAAAUAGAUCUUUCUCAUGUCUCCACAGAAGAUAUGGGCAAUAAUGCAGAUUUAAGCAGUUCACAGAAAGAAAACAUGACUUUUGAAACUACUUCCUGUGUUGUGGAGACAGGUGAGACGCUUUCAUCUGAACCUGCAGCUUGUAACCAAGUGAAAAGCGCUGUGGUAGUUCUAAAAGAAACACCAAGCAGUAGCGUUGCCUCUCAGUCAGUCAAAUCCACAUCCAGGAGGGUCCUGAAGAGGAGGUCAGAUGACGAAACGAAAAGCGACACAAACACUACAGAUACCGUCAGCAAACGCAAAAAAAGUAAAAGUCAAAAAAGUUCAUUUCCUAUUUUCAAAGGACAAGAAACUAAUAUGAUCUCAGAUCAAGCAGAAGCUUCGUCGAGUGUCUGUGAUGUUUCAUCAUUAGAGAGUCACACAGAAAAGGAGACAACCCACAAAGACAUUGAGAAGUAUCCUGAAGCUGUACCAAUGGAUGAACCCGAAAUGCUCAGCACUGUGACAUCUACCAGGCAACCAUAUUAUCUGCGAAACUUUCAGGCUGUGCUUGAGGCAGUGUUGGAGAACGAGGAUGAUCGGAUGCUUUUUAAUGAAGAGGAUUGCGCAACCAUUCACGCUUUUCAGAACCUUUCAGCACCUGGUCAGAUGCUUUAUGUACGGCUGUUUCAAAGGAAACUCAAAUGGCUUCAGGUCAGUAAGCUGGAAUACACAGAGAUCAGUCCUGACCUCAGCCCUGUCAUUCAAGAGCUGGUUGCUUGUGGCUUCUUGCAAACAGAAAAGGAGCUUCACGACAUCCACGAACUCUUAGAUUUGCUGCCAGCACCAGAUCUCAGAAACCUGGCCAAAACAUUUCACCUUGGGCGUGGCGGGAAUGGGACUCAGAAACAACAGUUGGUGGAAGGACUUCUCCAGUUGGGAAGGCAGCGGUCACUAUUUGGUGGUCAAAACAACACAGGUGCUGUCAUUCUCAAGAGGGCCAAACAGGCAGCAGGAUCUUGUGUGCGUCUGUGCCGCAGAUCUCGUGCCGUGUUUUCUCGUCUGCUUCUCCUCUUCUCCCUAACAGACACUUUGGAUGAGGAGGAGAUGGCCGCUGGAGGACAAGGACAGCUGUACACUAUUCUGCUUGUCAAUUCUGGUCGUUUAGCUUUCCCCGAGUACACAGUGCAUCGUUCAGCCAAACUGUUUCAGGACAGGGAUGACCUCAUCAGGUAUGAAAUGGCAAUGCGUACGCUGCAGGAAGUGAUCACUGCUAUGCAGGCAGGCAACUGGGAGGACGCCCAUGGUCUCUACACCACAGCAAAUGCCACCUGGCAAGAUAUUAAACACACUUGUGACUUAAGCCAUCAAGAAAAGCUGCCCGUUUUCCUGCGUUGUUUCACUGUGGGCUGGACCUACACCCGUAUACUGUCUCGAGGAGUUGAGAUUUUACAAAGACUUCGAUUCUAUGAGGAGGCGGUGGUGGAGCUCAGGAAUCUUUUGUCUCAGUCUUUGUAUUGUGUAGACAGCAGGGGGCGCUGGUGGGACAGGCUGGCUCUCAAUCUCCAACAGCACCUUAAACAACACGAGCAGGCCAUCUGUGCCAUUCGGGAUGGACUCAGUGACCCACUGGUUCGAACAGGCCACCAAUUAGCACUUCAUCAACGUGCUUCCCGAAUGAAGGAAUCUGCCAGCUUUAAGAAGUAUCGUCUGAUGCUUCGAGAUUUGCCAGCUGUGCACGUGGAAGAUGUCAGUCAUGUGACGAUCAGAGGACAGCUCUUUCCUCAUGAGGGUGGUACGGGUAAAUCAGUGUUUCUCAGAGCAGCCAAUGAGGACGAAGGCUCCAGAACGGAAAGAGAUACUAUGGUCAUGUGCUCUGUUGAGGAUUUGGCACUGGCACACUACAGAACUCUGGGAUUUGAUCAAGGUAUUCACGGAGAAGGCUCUACAUUUUCCUCUCUGUUUGGACUCCUCAUGUGGGACAUCGUCUUCAUGGAUGGGGUCCCUGAUGUCUUUCGAAACCCCUACCAGAGUUGUCCUUUGGAUUUGCACACUGAUUGUUUCUAUGGUAACCGUCGGGAAGCCAUUGAGUCUCGCGCUGAGAUGUUGCACGAGGCGUCUGCAGAGACACUACAGGAGCUGAUCGCUGAUGUGUGGAAUGAGCAGGAAGGGCGAAUGUGUGCGCUUAUAAACUGGGAGCGCUUCUCCUCUCUUCAGCAGGCACAGAGUCUGGUGGCAUGUCUGGGUGGUCACUUCUUGAGUGGUGUGGUCCUCAGAAUGGCAAAGGACUACAGGCACUGCAGAGCAGGACUUCCAGAUCUAGUAGUCUGGAGCACUUCCAAUAGGACGUACAAGCUGGUGGAGGUGAAGGGCCCUAGUGAUCGCCUGUCCCAGAAGCAACAGAUCUGGCUGGAUGAGCUACGUAAGCUUGGGGCUGAUGUCGAAGUGUGUCACGUCACUGCCAUUGGAGCACGAGGAGCUCGGCUGGAAUAAAGCUGCUAACAUUACAAAUGAAAACUGUGGAUUUGAUGAUUGUAUUUAAACCUUUGUUUGGCACUGGUUCUUGUGAUCUAAAUGAGUAUUAAUAGACACUAAGAGGACUUAUCCUACUCAUCUGAAUCCUAAUAAAUGUUGCUUUUUAAAUUGC